AUGCAAAAGACAGAAACUUGGAUUAUCACUUGCUUUUGUCUUCAACUACUCCUACUUAAUCCUCUUGUCAAAGCCCAGAAUUCCUGCGGGAAUCCAGUGACAGAUGAUGUGAAUGACAUUGCAAAAUUGGUCGGAAAUCUCCCAAAUGAUUAUAUGAUAACCCUUAAAUAUGUCCCGAAGAUGGAUAGUCUGCCUAAUCACUGUUGGUUGCAUUUGAUGGUGCCUGAAUUUUCAAGGAGUCUACAUAAUCUUCUCCAGAAAUUUUCAGAUAUAUCAGAUAUGUCUGAUGUUUUAAGCAACUAUUCAAUCAUCAAUAAUCUCACAAGGAUAAUUAAUGAUCUUAUGGCAUGCCUAGCUUUUGAUAAAAAUAAGGAUUUUGUAAAAGAAAAUGGUCAUCUUUAUGAAGAAGGUCGCUUCAUUCCUGAGGAUUUUUUUAGGCACUUUAAUAGUACCAUUGAGGUCUACAAGGAGUUUGCAGACAUGCUGGAUAAGAAUGAUUGCAUUCUGCCUUCAACAGUAGAAACACCAGAGGAUGAUUCCAGAGUCGCUGUCACAAAAACAUUUUUGUUUCCUCCUGUUGCUGCCAGCUCCCUUAGGAAUGACAGCAUUGGCAGUAACACUAGCAGUAACAAACAGGCACUUGGCUUCAUUACCAGCUCCAGCCUGCAAGGGAUCAGCAUAGCACUGACGUCAUUGCUGUCUCUUCUUAUUGGCUUUAUUUUGGGAGCCAUAUACUGGAAGAAAACACAUCCCAAAUCCAGACCAGAAAGUGAUGAAACUACACAAUGUCAUGACUGUCAAGAGGAAAAUGAAAUAAGUAUGUUGCAGCAAAAAGAAAAGGAACAUCUACAAGUGUAG